AGGUUAAAAUCAAAAAUGAAAUUACUGGGAGUUUUAUCCCCUGUCAGAAAUUCUGCUGUCAGUUUAGACCUCCUUAACCUAUACAUGGUAAAUCAAAUAUCCUGCCAGAAGAAAACAUCUGAAACUGCGAGAAAACCAGUGCAUGUAAAUAUGAAUAGAGACAUAAAGAUGCCCCUAAGAAAACAUGAUUUGGAACUUCCAAUGUCGCCUCACUGUGUACCAUCUAACCUCUGCAUUGAUGAUAUAGAAAACAAUAAAUACUAUCAAAGACUAGACAGCAAGGAAGAACUUGGCCCAGCUCAGUCAUCACAAGUCAUGGACUCAAAUAGAAUGUCUGAACCUCAGUUCAACAGAACAGAAAACUGCAGUUUCACUCCACCAUCUUUUUCAGCAGAAUCAUCUUCUAAUAAAAAUAUCAUAAAACAAAAUUUCAUUCCCAGAAUAGCACCUAGUUCUCAGAAAGUUGCAUAUAAAAGAAAGCAGAAUGAACAGCUGAGUAAUGUUAAUUAUUCUAAUUCCUUGGUUUCUAAACUAAAUGAAAGUCAAGAUGCUCUCAGCUCAUCAUAUGAAACUGCACAAUUUGGAACAUUAUUUGAAAGAUUAAAUAGUCCAGGAAAUAGAGAUGUCCUUACUGGGAGACCUACUAUAGUUAUAGGUAAAGAUUGUGGAAGCAUGGAUGAGAGAAGACAGUCAGACUUCAUUACUGAAAAAAAAUCAUUGCAGCAUAUUUGGGGAGAAAACCGAGAAGAGGCUUCAGAUGAAGAUGUAAACCAGCCACUCUCCAGCCUUCAAUCAGAGAAUUCUGCCUCUUUUAUUAGUGAAAAUAUAAUUAAUUUGUUAGACAUCGAUCAGCAGAAGAUAAAGAAAACCUUUGAUGGGUGUGGUUAUGACAACAUGGGAGAUAUUUGUGCAGUCGUUAGUUCUGAUAAAAACCAUUUCACAGAUCGAUACAUUAGAAGUAUUUUUACAGAUCCAGAUUUGACUUUUACUAAUUCUGCUUUUAAUAAAGAACGUUAUCCAGAAAAGUGUCAACCAAACAAGAACUGUCAGAAAGAGUACAACAAUAGUGAAAGACAUAAUUUUAGUACGUCUUUUGAGAAGGAUUAUUACCCAUCCAGCUCUGAUAAAAAAGGAAAAUUUGAAAGUGAUUACCAAGAGAAGACACCACAGAAAAAGAUACAGAAAUAUUCAGCAAGCCAUAUGGGUUAUAUCUCUUUGGAAGAAUUGCAUUCUAAGCAAUCACAGGACUUUGGACGUGGUGAGAUUUUGGUGGAAGAAAGAGGAAUGUGUUCUUUAAAAGGCAGAGCAAUGUCUGCUAAGAAAAACUAUCUCGAUUCUUCACAGAGUAGUCAGUCUACUGGGUACUCUCCAAGGCCAACAGAUAGUUGUUUCAGUUCCAGUUCAGAGAUGCCAUCUGAAGAUGAAGAUCAAAUAUUGCAUCAAACUGAAGAUUCAAAUAAGAGAUCCAUCAAAACCAAAGAAACAACUAGUAAUUUUAAUUUAGAAAGCAUGGGAAAACUUCCAUGUGAUAGGAUUACUAAAAACAACGCCAAUUUUCAUAAACAAUGUGAGAGUUUUCACCAGCUUUCAAUGAAAAAUAAUACAGAUCAGUUUCCACAGCCUCAGUGUAAUAACUCAGCACACAUAUUGCAUAACAAAACCAGUAAUAACUACAUUCUACAGUUUGCAAGAUGUGAUGCAUGGGCACAAACAGAGAGUGAGCCUGUAAUGGAAGGAAAAUUAGAUGCUGCUGUACAGUGUGAUAUAAUUUCAAAAUGUAAAUGUAGAAGUGAUGUGGCUUCUUUUUGUAAUGUUGAAAGGUGCAAUGAAAAUAUUAAGGCCGAUACCACUGGAGGGCAGACAGUCCUUUAA